GCCACCACUCAUAACAAAAAGAGAUUAUCAUCUCACCUCAUUUGUACAUGGAGAGUACUCUUCCCUGUAAUUUCCUUCUACUACUUCUUCUACUUAUCCUUCCUGUAUAUUUUCUCAUCACAUUAUUCAAAGGCAGAAAUGACCGAAAUAAACCCAACUUCCCACCUGGUCCUCCUAAGCUUCCAAUCAUUGGUAAUUUACAUCAACUUGCAAAACCUCCUCAUCAAGCACUAUCAAAACUAUCAAAAAUAUAUGGUCCGGUCAUGCUACUACAACUUGGCAGUGCACCAACAAUUGUAAUCUCCUCCGCUGAAGCUGCCCAACAAAUCUUGAAAACACUUGAUCUUGAGUUUUGUACCAGACCUCAACUUGCUGGACCAAAACGUCUUUCGUAUAACUACAAAGAUAUGGCCUUUUGCCCAUAUGGAGAUUAUUGGAGAGAAAUUGGAAAAAUAUGUGUUCUUGAACUUUAUAGUACAAAAAGGGUGCAAUCUUUUAAGGUAGUCAGGGCAGAGGAAGUCCGCGUUUUGAUCGAAUCCAUAUCAUCUUAUUCUUCAAAUACUACUCCUGUUGAUGUUUUAGAAGAGUUAACAAGUUUUACGCACAAAACAAUCUCCAGAGUUGCUUUUGGUUGCGCAACUGGUCAAAGUAGGAACCAAUUUAAUGAUGGAACACUCACGGCAAUUCUUAAGGAAGUCGUGGUUGUUUUGAGUGGUUUCUCGGCGACCGACUUCUUUCCGAAGGUAGGUUGGAUUGUUGAUAGGAUCAUUGGAAUGCACAGAAAAACUGAAAAAUGCUUCCAUGAUUUGGACAAAUUUUUUCAACAAAUGAUAGACGAACAUGUCAACCCGGAGAGACUGAAACUGGAUCAUGAAGACAUCAUAGACGUUUUUCUUAAGCUAGAGAAGGAUCAACAGAGUACGAUUCAUCUCACACACGACCAUAUCAAAGCAAUUCUUAUGAACGUAUUUCUUGGUGGAGUAGACUCACCGGCUGUAGCAGUGAGUUGGGCAAUGGCAGAACUGACUAAAAAUCCAAAAGCAAUGAAGAAAGUUCAAGAAGAGAUUAGAAACUAUGUGGGAUCAAACGGGAAGGUAGAAGAAUCAGACCUUGAUAAUUUCAAAUACUUAAAAAUGGUAGUUAAAGAAACUCUGAGGUUGCAUCCACCAGCUCCAUUGCUUCUAAGAGAAAGCAUGGAACAUAGUAAGAUCAAUGGAUACGACAUAUACCCCAAAACAAGGGUUCUAAUAAAUGUAUGGGAAAAUGGGAGGAGUCCACAAUAUUGGAAAAACCCAGAAGAGUUUUCCCCAGAGAGAUUCAAAGAUAGUUCCAUCGAUUAUCUUGGAAGCCAAAAUUUUGAAUACAUACCUUUUGGGGGAGGUAGAAGGGGUUGCCCAGGAAUGAAUAUGGCAGUCGUGUUAACAGAGCUUGUCCUUGCUAAUGUAUUGUACGCUUUCGAUUGGGAAUUACCAAAAGGAAUGAAGAAGGAAGACAUAAGCAUGGAGGAAUCAUUAUCAGGCCUUAUUAUUCAUAAGAAAAUUCCGCUUAAGCUUGUACCCAUCAAGUUUGUAUGACUGGGAGAAAUCUGAUUAAAUAAGAGAAAACUACAUUUGUGUGCUAAAUGUAUAUGCAUGAAUAUUUUUUAUA